AAACAUACAGGAGGUACUUGCUUAUAGUGAAAGCCACGGGAGGUGAAGGACGUUUCGGCCUCAUAAUUUUUUGAUAGUUUUUGCAGCCGAGGCCGAGAGCCGCAUUGGUCUUUAAAUUUACUCGAAGCACGGGAGACUCCCUUCUGCCCAUAUAGCAUACUAGACACACCUCGACCUCAGUACUUCACUGAUUAUAUUAAGUACUAGUACACACAAAUCUGUUUUACCUUCCCAAAGAAAAGAAUGACGCCCGGGUCUGGGUCGCUAAGCACAAAGAUCGGCAUCAUUUGGUUGCACGGCUUGGGCGACACUGAGCACGGGUGGCAAGAGACGCUGCAGUCGGAUAUCAAAUGCAAAAGUGUCUGGGUCUGGAAGAAUGCAGACUUGUCAUGCGCAUUUUGUAUGCAGACGCUUGAUGCCUCUAAUGCAUGAUCUAGCAACGCAGAUUUUUAGAGGGCUUCCUAAUGCCUAUUCCGCAUGAGAAAUGCCCUCUCCGCGUAUUCCCUCUCUUUGACGAAUCGAUUUGUGUUCCGACCAUGUGUCCUAGAUCCUCUCCUCAUGCGUCCUUCUAGAUCUGCGCGCGCUCCACACACACACACACACACACACACACACACACUUCAAUGAUCACAGUAGUUAGACCUUGGUAGGGGCGAGAGAUCCUUAUAAAUGUUUACUAGCGUGAGGAGAAAACCUCCAUAAAAAAUCUUCAUGUUUUUUUUUUUACUAGCGCUAGCUUUACUACCAUUGUAGACUUUAGAUGCCGCCCCGUACAUACUUUCAUACUGCGUCGCCUAUGUUUUGCGCGACAGCCCCUUUUUUGGCUGGUUUUCCUUGUGUUUUGCGCGGCAGCCCCUUUUUUUUUUCUGGCUGGCCGGAGAUCCUUUUGCGUAGGGCCCCUAAAGUGGGCAAAAGAACGAAGAGACAUACACAAAAAUGGAGCGACCGAAAAGUGGAAAAGAAGACGGGGGGGGAAAGUAAUAGAAGAAAAAAGAAGAAGACUUGGGUGGGCGGGGCAAAAAAGAAAAAAGGAAAGAUGGGUGGGGGCAUGGGUUGAAGGACAAAAAACACAAGAAGUGCAAGUGUCUGGGAGUUUGCAUGCCAGGAGAUUUAUUAGUAGAGUGGCAGGGUUGUUAUUUUAAAGACUGCGCUAAGGCAGCACCCCCCCUUCCCCAAGGGGCCCCCCCGGGGCGGGCGCGGUGGCGGCUCUGCCAACGCGGAGCUUCAAAGUCCGACUCUACCUAUGCGCAUACAAAGGGUGCGCGGAAAUAGGUCGGUAAAGUGCUUGAAAGGGGCAUGCUUUGGGGUUGCCCGUCAUCGUGAUAGGGUCAACGUGUGUGACCAAUAGACCCCCUGUAUAUCUAGCGCGCAACCGACCACAGAAGCAGUAGCGUUCAAAGUUUGUAAGAAUAACCCAACAAGGCAACGCUGGAGCUCCACCGUGCUCGCGGGCUUGGAUGGUAAAUCAGGUCAGCCACAUCUAGCGCCCACUGGCCGUACGCACGCGUAAGAAAUCGGAAACGGUUCGGCGGAUGCGGUCGGGUGGUACCUGUAGGACGUGGAACGGGUGUCCACCUAGGGUAUUGGCAGAGGCUAAAUCUGUUCUAACGCCACGGUAUUGGCAGAGGCUAAAUCUGUUCUAACGCCACCCUGACAGGAGUCAAAUGUCAAAGCGAUGCGAUGCGCGUAACACAAACUGGAGCCCUGUUGCUGGUCAUGCAAUACAGAUUUUUCUGGAAUCCAGGGACAGCAUUACAAGUUGCAAUCUUCCAGACCCAGACAUUUUUACAGUUGAUAUCGGAAUGGACGGAUAUAUUUGCCGAGAGCCACAUCGACGUGCAGUGGCGGUUUCCCAGUAUGCAUUGCAAAUAUCGAUCUGGGUUGUAAGACCGCAACUUCUCUUUGCUCAUGCUGUCUCCACGAGUUGACACAGAAGUCAGUCUUGCAUGAGCAGCAAGAGCCAGUGCCCCUUUUUUGUCGCGCGAGGCGAAGAGGCCGUUUGUCACACGGGAAACUUUGAUGUAAAGCCUAUGUUGUGGCUUGUGUGCCACCAGAGUCCCUUAGUCAUGAAGAAAAUGUUGCAACAAAGCCUUGCAUUACGACAAACGUCUGCACUUAUUUUGCUUCAGAUUUAGUGGAUCGGUAUUUUGAAUGCAUACCGCGAGCAUCGGAGCAGAAAGUGACCGCCAACCAGGGCAUGCGCAUGACCAGCUGGUUUGACCUAUCCUUCGUAAAGACGCCCCCCGCCCCAGAGGCAAGAUCCAAUUUCCACACCUAUUGCGAACUCUGCAGUAGGAUAAAUUUGGUGGACACGCUUUGCAAGUAGUUGUGUAGUUUAGCUGGCACUACAGCUGCGCCAGCAGCAUCAGGAAAAUAAAUUCACUCUAUUCUACGGCUUAUUUACACCACGUAAUUGUUGACAGAUGUUCAAACCACAGUAGAAAUGGCCUACAUGGGGACGAAAACGCGCGUGAGUCGUCAGAUGUGCAUGACAAGCGAAGUUGGUUUGGGUGCGGUUGUUUUGUUCAACAGGAUACGACCUCGAGCAGAUCCCAGUGACCGUGGAAAAGGCCGACACGAAGGAGGAGGACAUUGCCAGUUCGGUUAGCUUCGUGCAUGCGGAGAUAGACAAACUAACCGCAGGUAUACUAUAAGAAGGUCUUCUAUGUACUGAGUAACUAAUCACUCCUUCGACUGUCAUAUUAAGUCACCCUCUUCUGCAGUGACCGGAAUUUUUCGGUAGAUAAUUCUGAACAAAACGCAACAUGAUGUACCGCUUGAUAUGAUCUCCAAUUUUAUGUACACAGAAACAGAGCUAUUUUUGCGUGUACAAAACCUCCCCCCUCCCCCCAGGUAGUGACAAGAUACCACCUAUCCUGAGUAAAAACGUCCCCACACCAGAGUCAGGAUGGGGAUUUUGCAACACAAACCUAGGAGUUUUGGGAGUCACGCAUGACAAAUUGCACUCCGCAGUGUAGUGCUGGGUAGCAAGUGCAGCCGCAUCACAGAUUCAUCUGCUCAUCCUGUUCACAGCAUCACAAAUUCCAAAACACGAUUGGAAAUGGCUCUCAUCAGGAUGCGCAUUACAAGUCUUCCUGUCUUUGCAAAUCUGCAUUACAACUCUGGUGUGGGUACGUUUUUACUCAGGAUACCACCCGAAAACGUUUUCGUCGGGGGUUUCUCGCAGGGCGGCGCCAUUACCCUCCGCGCCGGGCUCACCUACAGCAAUGAGAAACGGUUAGGCGGUAUAAUCUGCUUUUCCGGCUGGGUCUUGAACGAAAAGUCGUUCCGAGAAGAGGCGAAGCUGAACCAGCAGACUAUCCCUUGGAAAAUACUGUGAAAGCGUUGACGUUCUACUUGUCAUGAUUGCCCGGUUUAUCGUUUUGUCAUGAUGGCGACCUGCUCCUGCAUGUGACAGACCACUACACUAAACAAUUUCAUCUUUUUGCACUUUUUUACGCUCAAAUCAGAUGCUGGAGGUGGAAAAGUUGUAUCAAUAGAAUGUUGAAAGUGCUGCGUCUGGGUGAAAGCUACAGUGUGCGUAGGACAACUUCUCGUAGAUGCAGGCCUAGUAGUUUUUUCUCACCCUAGGGGAAGAAAUCCUUCCACACUGCAGCUGCUCAACAUUCAACGGGGGGCAAAACGAGGGGGCGUAUGACGUUAGGUAUUUACAUCAUUGGAUACCCACCCCCGUCCUCUGGUGGCACGGGUCGGUUGACAACGUCGUGCAGUUUUCCCUGCAGGAAAAGGGUGUGGCGUUCUUGAAAAGUGUCAUUCCCGCAGAUCAGAUUCUGGCGAAGCAGAGUCGCAUGGCGCACUCCUCGCAUCCCGACCAGAUGGUUUUUGUGCCAAAAUGGAUCAAGGAACAGGUGAAAAAAGCAAGCACUGAUCAUUCUACGCAAAAAAACGCGUCCGAGCUCUAGAACGGCGAUGAAGGAGGUCGGUGAUGAAAAUCGGCGCCGGGGCUUAGAAGUGCCUCAAGCGGAGCACACCAGGCGAAAUAAUGAUUGAUAAUUCCUCAUCUCCCGGGUGCGGGAGUUGAAGGAGGCCGUCGAAGAACAAAUGUUGGCGAGGACGUAAAAGUGCAAGUGCAGCUACAGAAAAAAGAAUAAUCAAUGCAGUUUGACCCGCACCCGCUGCAAGAGGUCGACUUGCGCCAGCAUGCGAAUGUUGUUUAUCCGCAAGAGAUGACAUCAUGUGUCAACGGAUAGUUCCGGGUAUGCAAAAUC